AUGUCGGCGCCACCUGCCGAGCUGCUGGAGAUGAGUGGCGGGCUGGGCGGCGGCGGAGGGUUCGGAGGGCUAGCUGCCGCCCAGCUGGUUGCAAUGAAACGGUUAGAAGCGGCUAAGAACUUAGGGUUGCUACCCAGUGCAGGUGGGGCUGAGGACGGGGCGGGCAGUCCUACUGCUGGUGCUGGUGGGGGAGGUGGUGGUGGGGAGGGGGGAACUGGGGGCGGUGCUUCUCCUGGGAGGGAUUCGAGCCCGAGAGGGGGUGUGAGGGGGGCAGGAGGGAAUGUGGUAAGCCCGGCCGCCUCUGCUCUCGUUCGCCACGCCUCAGUGGACCUCUCAGCCCUGCGGGGCGGAUCUGGGGGAGGCUUUACCUGGGGCAGCGCGAAUCCGAGAUUCGCUGUAGACAGGCUGAAUAUGCUGGGGACUUCGCUAGGUCCCACCUCCCCCGGGUCACCCUCCCCUGGUUCCCCUUCCUCCCGCUCCCGCCACUCCCUCGCGCCGAACCUCCGCCCGCAGGUGCCGUGGCUGCCGGCCACCGACCCUGAGCUGGCGAACCUGCCGGUUCGGAGGUUUGGUUCGGGGAUUCCGGGCCGGGGGGCAGGCUCGGUGACGAUGAGUGAAGCUGAGUUGACUGCGUUUGUGAAGGGUACUCCCCCUCCUGGUGGGCUUGGGAGGACCCUGAGUGGGAUUGUGGGGAUUGGCAGUCGCAGUGGGGGUGGUGGUGGUGGUGGCGGUGGUGGUGGGGGUAGUAUUGGUUCUAGCCCCCUUGGAGGGGGAACUGGUGGGAUUUACUCUAGCAGCAACAAUGGCAGUAGAAGCGCUGCUGGUGCUGGUGGUAGCGGUGGUGGUACGAAUAUUCACAGCCUAGGGGAGGGUGUGCCUCGUCUCAUGUCUUCCAUUCUUAUGGAAGAGAGUGGGGCUUCUGCUGCUGCUGGUUUUGGAGGGGGGAGGGGCGGCAGUCCCCUGGGCGGCAGUCCUCUGGGCGGCAAUCUCCUAGGGAUCACUCGCACCGCAUCACUUUCGCCGCCCAAUUCUGGGGAGAGGGAGGGGGAGGGGGAGGAGGGGGAGGGGCAGCAGGAGGAGGAGGAGCAGGAGGGUCAGGAGGAGGGGGUGGAGGAGGAGGGGAUGGGGGAGGAGGAGGAGGAGGAGGAGGAGGAGGAGGAGGAGGAGGAGGAGGAGGAGGAGGAGGAGGAGCGGGAGGGGCAGGAGGGGGGGGAGGAGGGGGAGCUCCCUCACUCUCCUCUCGCUCCUCUCUCCCCACUCUCCCCGCUCUCUCCUCUCCCGUCCUCCGUCCUCUCCCUCUCGCCGCUCUCCCCGCUCUCUCCCCCGGCCCGUACUCUCUCCUUUGGCGGGUUUUUCCCUGGGGAUAACGGGGCUGCAGGUGCUGCCAACGCUGCUGCUGCUAAUGCCAGCACUGGUGGCGGGAAAGGGGACUCGAUACAAACAGAGGGAGAAACAACCGAGGGAGAUUACGACACUGAGAGGGAGGAGAGGGAGGAGGCGAAGAGGAGGGAGAGGCAGGAAAGGCUGUGGCGACUGGAAAAGAAGGUGGAGGUCGAAGAGUAUGAUACGGACCAGGAGUUGGAGCUUCGGCGGGAGGAACGGCAGCUGGCUCGGCAGCAGGCUCGGGAGAAGAGGUUAGGCUUGGCAGCAGAGAUGAUGAAGCAGGAGAUUGAGAAGGCUGCAGCUACGGUGGGAGGUUUGGGCGGAGGCAUGGGGGGAGGUAUGGGCGGAGGCAUGGGGGGAGGUAUGGGGGGAGGCAUGGGCGGAGGCAUGGGGGGAGGUAUGGGGGGAGGCAUGGGUGGGAACGGCAUGGGCAUGGGUAUGGGGAUGGGAAUGGGGAGGGAGGGGGGAAGCCCCCUAGGCGGAAGCCCCCUGGGGGGAAGCCCCUUGGGGGGAAGCCCCUUAGGGGGAAGCCCCCUAGGUAGCCCCCUCAGCAGCCCCUUAGGAAGCCCCCUCAGUACCGGCAGCAGCAGCGGCGGUGGGUUUAGUGGGUUCGGCACGGGCCUGCUCCGAGGCUUGGGGAACAGCUUCGGCGGGGAGAUGGCUGUAGGUUCGGGGUAUGGGCGGCGGAGGAGGCACAGGAGGGGGUCAACGCUGGGGGAACUGACUGAGACGGAGUGGGAGGGGACGGAUAGCGAGUGGGAGGAGGGGAUGGAGGAGAGACUAGCGAGGAUUCAGAGGGAGGAGAGGGAGAAGAGGGAGAGGGAUUCGGCUGCUGCUGCUGCGGCGGCUGCGGCAGCAGCGGCGGCUUUGGCGGUUGGGGAGGGAAGGAGAGCGAGAGGGGGCGAAGGAGGAGGGGCGGGAGGGAUGGGGGGGAUGGGAGGGAUGGGAGGGAAAGAGGUGGUGAGUAGUGGGGAGGAGGAUGCUGUGAGGCGGGAUGUGGGGAUGGGGAAUGGGGAUUGGGGAGGUGCUGGUGGGGGGAGUGAGGGGAGAGGGGGAAGGGGUGGGGGUGGGAAGGAGCAGGAGCAAGGAGGGGGGAGGGGAGUGAGUGUUGGUUCAAGUGCUGGAGUGUCGGAUAGUGGAAGUGGGGGGGUGUUUUUCGAAAUAUCUCUUGAGCCUGGUGAUAGUGCGGAGAGUGCUUAUAGAGAGACGGCUUCUAACGAGUAUUCUAGGGGAGGGAAUGCAGCUCUAUCUCCUACAUCCCCUCCUGGCCAAUCACAGCCUUCUUCAGUUCUGGGUUUUCCGUCUAAGGUAACUUCGGAACAGGAUUUGUUGAAAAAGGGGCUUAAUCCGCUGAGAGUGUGGUUAGCGGAGCAGACUAUAGAGAGUACGGUUGCCGGGGCGAAGAGCCCAGAGCGUGACAGAAGGCAGGAGGAUUUAAGUGCCGGUGGGAAGAAUUUAAGUAUCGGUGGGGAGAGUGGCUUUGGAAGGGAAGGACAGGGAAAUUUAAUGGGAGGAGGGGGAGGCGGAGGGGGCGGGGGAGAGGGAGGGGGAAGCGGAGGGGGAGGGGGUGCAGCAGCAGGGGGGAAGGGGGGAUUAGGGGGGUUGGGCAGUGGGCUAGCGGGGUUGGCUAGUCUGCAAGGGCUGUUAGGUGGGGGGGCGGGAGGAAAUGGCAUGGGGGGUGGGAUGAAUGGGGGAUUUGAACGGGAGGUGGGAGGAAGGAUGGAAGGGCGAGGAGCAGGAGGAGGGGGGGAAGGAGUGGGGGGAGGAGGGACAGGGGGUGGAGGGGGAGGAGGAGGAGGAGCAACAGGUGGUAUGGGCGGAGGAGGGGGAGCGGGAGGGGCAGGAGCAGGGGGAGCAGGGGGAGCAGGGGGAGUAGGCGGCUUGGGCAGGGGUUUGGCAGGGCUAGCAAGCUUGCAAGGGCUGUUGGGUGGGGGAGCAGCAGGUGCAGGGAAUGGGGGAGUGGGAGGGAGGAUGGAGGCAGGAAUGGGAGGGGGGGUUGGGGGGGGAGUUGGGGGAGUGGGGGAAGGUGUGGGGGGAGCAGCAGGGCAGUUAGAAGGUGAGAGGGGCCGCACUUUGAACUCGUUGCAGCAGCAGCGGCUGCUGCAGGCGUCAACAGAUCAGGCCCUUGCCCGAUAUGAACGGCUGGCUGCUGGUACUGCUGGUGGUGGUGGUGCUGGUGACGCUGCUGCUGGUGGUUCUUCCGCAAAUGCACCUGCUCCUCUCCCCGGCCCUCCCUCUCCUGCUGCUGCUGCUGCUGCUGCUGCUGCUGCUGCUGCUGCUGCUAGAAGGGAGAUGGGGAGUGGUAACAGGGAAGGCACGGUAGCCCUGCUAGUAGCACCUCUAGCCGUGGGAGUGUUGGGGGAAGAGGAGGGGGAGAAGGGGGAGGAGACGGGCGGAGAGGAGGGGGUGGAAGGGGAGAGGGGGGCGGAAGAGGUGGGGGAAGGGGGGCUGGAGUGGGAGGCAGAGAUGGAGGGGGGAGGGGAGGUGGGGGGAGAGGGGGAGGGGGUGGGAGAGGAGGGGAAGGAGGAAGAGGAGGGGGAGGAGGAAGGGGUGGAGGGGGGUUGGGGGAAGGGGGAGGAAGAGGGGCAGGGGGAGCAGGGGGAGCAGCAGGUGGGGGACGCGGAGGGGGAGGUGGUGGGGGCAGGGGGCAAGCAGCAGGGGGGCGAGGCACAGCCGAAAGAGGAAGGUUAG